CAUACAGACAUAGAACAGAUAAAGAUCAUAUAAUGAUUAUUAUAAACAUGUAGACAUAGAACAGAUAAAGAUCAUCCAAUGAUUAUUAAUAACCACAAACAUGACACUUUAAUGUUACAUUUAAUUGUAGUUAAAUGUAAUGAAAAUAGUAAGAACUAGCAGUACAACCUUUAAAUGGUGUGUGUGUGUGUGUGUUGCAGCUCUGCAGAUUCAGAACCAUCAGCGUAGACAGAAGCUGGACCUGGUCUUGUCUCACUCCUUCAACCAGUGGCAGGCCUGCCUGGAAGUUGGCAUCCAGCUGAACCAGCUGCUGGGCUUCCCCUUACCUGAGCCCCAGAUCUCCAGGUUGUGUGAGGGGACGGUGGUCCACCAGCUGGUCCACAGCAUGCAGUCUGGAGGAAAACUGUGGCCGUUUUUGGGGAACGAUCAUACGAGUGUGAAACUCUUUCAAACCUUUCGGGCCGUCGUCCAGAAGAAGGCGUCACUUCUGGACGACCUGACCGCUGACCUGCAGCAGCGGUUACUCCUGAACUAGGACGAGGAGGCUCAAGCCAGCUGCUCGGUCAGAGUUCAGGAGGAUCUGCGACUCAGCCUCCUCACCUGGAGCUUCUCGCUCUGUUU